AAUAAAAUGUGACCUUCUGUACUUCUGCUUCAUAUGAAUCAUAUUUAUAGAUGUCUUGACACCACAGCUAACAGAACAAUUUUGUCAUUACUGUUCCAAUACUUAUGGAGGGCACUGUAUGCCAAAUGAAAAUGUUUGUUCACUGACAAAUGAAUGUUAGUGUCUGCCCCAAAAAAUAUUUAAUUUAAGCUUUAUGUUAUUUUGUUCUGCAGAAUACUGAACAUGAAUACACAAGAAGAAAAAGGUUCCAUAUUCAAAACAGCAAGAAAGUGGAUUGCCCAGCAAAACUUUAUGUCCGCUAUGUAGUAAGGUAAGUUUUACAUUAGCAUGGCUUUAUAUAUAGUUUACUUAAUAUGUAGACAGGAAUACAUCUUUAAAAAUGAUUCAGAUAUACAAAAAAAGUUUGAAAUAAAAAGCAAUUUCUCUUCUUUAGUAAAUAUUAAGUAAACUUUUUUUAAUCUUUUUUUAAUGUAGCUUUAAAACAGUGGGAAUAGUGGGUCUCAUUCACUAAUUCUCAUCUUAAAAUGUUUAUAAGGCCAUUAUGAGUAUUUGAUUUCUUUUUAUUAGUUCCCAUGUUUUUCAGUAGAUUUAGAAUGCAUUUUAGAAUUAAAGUUAUUGAUGAAAAUGUUCAUACACAGAUUUCAUGCACAAAUUUGUGCAUUGCUUAGUGAAAGAGACCCGGUGGUUCUCAACUGUUUUUGCUUAGUGCCCCUAGUUUGACAUCAAGUGCUGAUGAAUCAACCUGACUACAGUUUUGUAACUACAGUAUUUCUUCCAUGUUUUUCAUGACUCUGUAUAAACAGACUCACAAUUGAGAACCACAACUUUAAAGUUUAUAUAUUUACAUAUUCUGUAAAAUCAAUUAAAUUAGUGAUGCAUUGCAUAUUUCUUGUGUCGUCUAAUAAAAGGGUGGUUCAACAUAUUGGAUAAUUAUUGAAUGGAUAUUAUUAAACAAUGUUGUUGUUCACAGAUAUGAUCAGUUUGCUGUGACUAAAACAAGUUCUAGAACUGAAAGACAAGUGGCAAUUAAGGGUGUUCUGGAGUCAUUAAAAGAAAAAAACACCGUCACUUCAGAAAUGAUCCAUGUCAAAAUACCUUUGGAAGGGGCACACAAAAACCACAACACUUCACAAAACUGUCAUUUCUCAAAUAACAUCCAUUACAUGGUGCGUGACAAAAUACAGGAAUAUGUGUCACUUGGAAUAACCUCAGUUCCUUUCCUGAAGAAGGUACUGAAAACGUUUGUCCAGAAAGAGCUUUCAGAAAUGGGAAGCGUUCUACCACAUCCACAAGACCCAUCGUACUACCCUUCAAGCCAUGUUAUCCAAAACCAUGUGCAUCAAGCCUUAGUUUGUGGAAAAUAUUCUGGCUUUGAUCAACUGCAGGUAGAAAAAAAAAUUGAUGAAUGGAAAUUAACAGAUCCAAAUGCCAAGUUUUUCUUUCGGAAAUGUACAGAAAACAACAUCGAGCAGACCGUUCUGAAGUUUGAAGUUUUAUGGAGAUAUGGUCCUUCUUGAUGCUACUUACAGAACAACCAAAUAUGCAUUGCCCUUGUUUCUUCUUGUUGUUCGGACAAAUAUUGGAUACAAGCCUAUCGCUGAGUUUAUAUGUGAAAAUGAGACAACUGCUGCAAUAACCGAAGCCCUUAACAUCUUGAAACAGUGGAAUCAGCAUUGGGAGCCAAAAUACUUCAUGCUUGAUUACUCACAACAAGAAUAUCAAGCUUUGAAACAUGUAUUUCCAAAUUCUCAGAACUAUCUAUGCUCAUUCCAUCGUGAGCAAGCUUGGAUGCGAUGGACAAGGCAAGGUGUGGAUGAAAUAAACUUGCAUUUGUGAUGUAUAAAAUAUUGCGCUGCAUUUAAAAUUUACUCCUGAAAAUAUGGGCCAAAGUCUUGAUACAUGAUUACAAAAAAUAAAAAAAUAAAAAAAAAUACAUUGUUGCUAUUUUUCCUCAUUAUUAGCAGUACACCAGUUCAGAAUUUACUUUCAGUAAAUUCAGUAAAUCUCAGUUUAUUCAGGUUUUAGAAAUUGCUAAGUUUGGCAAUUCCCAAAUUGCCAUAGCCUUUCACAGCCUACUUUAUUUAUUAAUAACAGAUACUUUUGGAUUCCAACAGGACAAUACACCUGUUAUAUUAUGUCUUUUUUUCUUGCAAUAGCCAAGCCUGUUUAUUAAAAGUUAAGUUGUAUCACUUUUCCAAUGACUUUUAAUCUCCCAUGUACUCUCCCUGACAGCCAAGAACAAGUUGUCUCUCUCUGAGCAAAAUGAACUACUUGACCACCUCCGUGACAUAGCUAGUGCCCCAAGUGAAGCAGCUUGUGAUAGUGAGGUUGAAAGACUGAAGGAGAGCAAAGUUUACAAAUCCCUUGAAGUCAAAAAUUAUGUUGAUAAAAGGUGGUUGUGUGUUCGGGAGGUGAGGUACUGCACUGGGCGUGUUCUGUGUUCCACAUUUCAUGUUCAAUAUUUGUACAUUUAGACAGGUAGAAGGUAAAAGAACAGGCAGGCAUUUAGAGCACUUCCACUCAAUUUGCACUUGAUGUUUCUUUGUUCCGUUCUUCCUACAGAACUUACUUGUAUCAAGCUAAUUUCAUUGUUUUUGUUGUUGUUUUCCAGAGGUGGUGUAGGGCCUAUGCACCGCAUGGAUUCUCUGUGGCAGUUACCACCAACAAUGGAGUUGAGGCACUCAAUAAAUCAUUGAAGAGCUUCUACCUCAAAUUUUCUUGCACAGGAAGUCUGUCAUCUCUGCUUGAAACACUAGUAUGUGAGUUUGUCCCAGAGCAGUUGCUGUCAUACAGUAGACUCAACUUCAUCUACAGUAGUGAAUGCAAGACUUACAAUCCAGCUGUUCCAGCAUUUCUGAAAGACAGACCAAGAAGUUUUGUCAAACAUUGCUUGAACAGUAUCGAGGCAGCUUCCAGCUAUUCCAAAGAACACGUAGAGGUGCUUGGAAAGGAAUCUUUUAAGGUCAAGAGUGAGACAACUUCUGCAUGGUAUAAAGUAGAACUUGGUGACUCUGAAAAAUACCCAUCAUGUGAAUGUGUCCUCUUCAAAACAACGUUCUUACCAUGCAAGCAUUUCUUUGCCAUUUUUAGGCACACUGACAAAACGUGGGUUGAUCUUAGCCCAGAGUACCGUCAAAACCCAUAUGUAACUCUGGAUUUCAAUGUUGCUUUAACACAAGAUCCCCAGAGCAAUGAAAUCAGCAAUCAAGAAGACCUCUGCUUUGAUGUUUUUGAUAGUUCUGUACCAUGCACGGGGAAGCAGAAAGUAAGUAGUAAGUCACAGUCAUCAGGUUUAGCAGGCGAUCAGUGGCAUCUACGUGAAGAGCUCAAGACUUUGCACGACAUUUCAUAUAUUUGCACUGAUAAAGAAGCUAUCAAGAAUGCAUCCAGAGUUGUUCAUGACCUUUGUGAGACCCUGAAAUCCUGUUUACCCAAGGAAGAUGGCCUGGUUCUCCAGCAGCAAGAACCUGCCAAGAAAAAUCUUAGAGCUUUACCAAGUCGCUUGAAGAAAGUCAAACAAAAAACAUCCAGGAAACGUAAAACAGUGGAAAUAGGUGCAAAUAAAGAGGAUACAAAUAUCCAUAAAAAGUCAAAAACAAAUAUCCCAGAAUCCCAGAGGACAGAAGACACAGAGAUGGACAAAAACUCUGUUCAGCCAUGUGGUGUGGAUCUUUCUGAAGAUGAAUUGACACAAGCGACCACAAUGACACAUGGUGACAGAUUUUCUCAUUUGUACCAUAGUGAGCACUUACCCAGGUUUUUUAGAGGUGAAAUUUUAUAUUUAUGUGAUAGUAAAAUUCUAACGAUGUGUUUUGUAAAUAAAGUUUGUCCACAGAUCAAAUUAUUUUAGCUUGUUUUUUAAGUUUUUCUGUUCUGUUUAUGUGUAGGACAUGUCAUCUGAGGUGAAUGAUACUCUUGCACUACAAGACCCAAACCAGGUGAUCAGCAGAGCCUUCAAACUGUGUAUUACACAGGGUGACUUGGCCACACUGAAGGAGGGUUGCUGGCUUAAUGACAAGGUUAUCAACUUCUAUUUGUCCUUGCUAAUGAAAAGAAACAGUGAUCAGCUGGGAAGCCUUAAAGUCUUCUCUUUCAGCACUUUCUUCUACUCAAAGCUUCAGAGCGGUGAAGGCCAUGCAGCAGUGAAGAACUGGACAAAAACUCAGGACCUCUUCCUCUUUGAUCUUGUUUUUGUUCCUUUGCACCUAGGCAUGCAUUGGGCUUUGGCUGUAAUUGAUUUUAAAUCCCAGACCAUACAGUGCUAUGACUCAAUGGGUCAGAGACAUGAUGAUAUCUGUCACAUGUUCUUAAAGUACCUCACAGAGGAGCACAAGGUCAAGAAAGGCUGCAUCUUGGAGGCUUCCAGGUGGACCAUCGGCCGAAUGAGAACUUAUUGUGACAUUCCACUCUUCAGAAAAGUGAUGGUUUGGGAGAUAGUACAUGAGAAGAUCCUGUAAGCAGUGAAUCAACUAGUUCUUCAAACAUCAUCAAACAUCUUAUGUUCUAUCUGUGUAAAUUAAAUUGAGAAUGGAAUUAAUUGAAUAAUAAUUCAUUCUGAAUAAUUUCUUUACAAGCAAUUGGCUGAAAAUAGAGAUUAAUAAAAAUCUAUAAAAUGGCAAAAUGGAGAUUAAUAAAA